CGAGUGUGCUCGGUCAUUUCUCUGUCCAUCUUUUUCGUAUAAGUAUGUGUCCAAAGUCUUGUCCCAACACCUCACCGUAACCACCAUUUGAGCUUCGUCACUUUCUCGGCCCACGUAUAUCAUUGGCCACUGGGCUUGCAUCAGAACUUCAUAUAACCGAUUCGCCCCUGUUUGCCCCGCAAUCGAGUCGCCUCACAAGAUGGAGAAGGAUCCCCAAAAUGGCGAGGAAGCGCCCUCCUUGAGAGAGGAGGGUAUCAAGAAAGAUCAAGAUUACAAUGACGCCGAUAAUAAAUCCGACGAGACAGAAAAACCCGUACCCAGGCCAGAGGACGCCCCCAGAGCUGAAGCUCCAAAACCCACUGGAACUGGACCGGUACCAAAUGGCGGACUUCAAGCAUGGCUUCACGUCCUGGGCGGAUUUUUUCUGUUCUUCAACACUUGGGGUAUCAUGAAUGCCUUCGGUGUCUUUCAAACUUACUACGAAUCCGGAGCACUUUUCACUGAAUCCUCAUCCAAUAUAUCCUGGAUCGGAGCAAUCCAAUCAUUCAUGCUGUUGACAGUCGGAUUCUUCUCCGGCCCGCUAUACGACAAAGGCCAUCUCCGAAUCCUGUUGAUCGUUGGCAGUUUCGGCAUUGUGUUCGGACACAUGAUGCUCAGUCUCUGUCACACUUACUGGCAAGUACUUCUCGCCCAAGGAUUCUGCGUGGGAAUCGGAGCCGGAUGUCUCUUCGUACCUUGCGUUUCCAUUCUCCCAACAUACUUCAACACGAAACUCGGGCUAGUCGUCGGUCUCGCCACGGCAGGUUCCUCGUUCGGCGGCGUCAUCUACCCAAUCGUCUUAUACCGACUCAUCGACAGUGUCGGUUUCGGUUGGUCUGUACGAGUAAUCGGCUUCAUCGCCCUCGGGACUCUUGUCCUCCCAAUAACGGUCAUGAAGAUGCGCGUCAAGCCGCCAAAAGCAAGAGCACUUAUCGACUGGUCCGCAUUCACGGACGUUCAAUUCGUGCUGUUCACGAUCUCCACGAUGAUCGGCUUCAUAGGUGUCUACGUCUUGUUAUUCUAUCUCUCCUUCUUCGCGGAAGAACAGCGGAUAACAGACACGAACCUAGCGUUUUAUCUUGUGCCAAUCUUCAACGCAGCGUCGUGUUUCGGUCGAACACUACCCAACGCUCUUUCAGACAGAACCGGACCUUUCAACAUCGUCGGUCCCGGUGCUGCGAUCGUCGGGACGUUGAUUCUCUGCAUGAUUGCAGUGAAAAAUAUCGCAGGGGUUGUCAUCAUCGCCAUACUGAGUGGAUUCUUCAGUGGUGUUUUCAUUGCGAUGCCGCCUGUCUGCUUCGUCGCAUUGACCCAAGACAAGACAAAGAUUGGGACGAGGAUAGGGAUGGGCUUUAGCAUCAUUGCUUUUGGAGUGUUGGCUGGUGGGCCCGGCGGCGGUGCUAUCUUGGGCAAAGUUACCCCGUUGAACUGGCAUGGACUGUGGAUCUUUGGUGGUGUCACGCCGCUUAUUGCCGCGGUGUUAUAUGUGGGACUGAGGGUGCAGAGGAGCGGGUUCAAGGUCAACGUGAAGGCUUGAUUGAUACUUCUUCAUACUUGACAGUUUGGUUCACAUAUUUUGAUAAAAUAUCAUGAAGUUUGGAAUGGAUUCGAGAUAAAAUGGGCAUUUGCAUAGCAUUGGAGGGGGACUGCAUAUUGGAAAUGGCAGCAUAAACACUGGACGGGCUUUAUUAUCGUAUAUACGGAGCGCUGGAUCUGUAAGGAAAAUAAUUUAGAACAGAUAAUUGUAUGUAUUUUGACCCGGGACAUUUGCAACAACUGAAUACGUUGUACUCG